GCGCCGCCGCAAGAUCACUGCAAAAACAACUGUAGAGAGAGAAAGAUAGAGAGAGAAAAGGAUAAGAAAGACAAAACCUUAGCGUUUCUCCAAAACCUAGAAGCAUCAUCUUCCACUCAAUAACAGAACAAAACCCAUUGAUUACGCCACAUCCUUUUGCGUUAUGUAAUCCACCACUACCCAAAAAAAGGUUCAAAAAAGUCCACUUUCCUAGUAAAAAAAUAGUUCCCUUUUCUCCGUUUCAAUGUCCUAGCCUACUUUUAUACCCAAUUUUCCUUCUUCUUCCUCUUCCUCUUCUCAUUUUGAUCACCCAUGGCGACUAUAACCGAUAUUGGAGUUUCUGCACUAAUCAAUUUACUGGGCGCCUUCACAUUCCUGAUAGCAUUUGCAAUUCUCAGAAUUCAACCCAUCAAUGACAGAAUUUACUUUCCCAAAUGGUAUAUCACAGGAGCUCGCACUAGUCCAAGAAGAGGAAGAAAUUUCGUGGGGAAAUUUGUUAAUCUCAAUUUGUGGACUUAUUUUACCUUUCUUAAUUGGAUGCCUCAAGCUUUAAGGAUGAGUGAAACCGAGAUUAUCAACCAUGCCGGUCUUGAUUCCGCUGUUUUCCUCAGAAUCUACACUCUUGGCUUGAAGAUUUUCGGACCGAUUACUCUCGUGGCUCUUUUGGUUCUAUUACCAGUAAAUGCAUCGGGAGGAACAUUGUUCUUUUUGAGUAAAGAAUUGGUAAUUAGUGACAUUGAUAAGCUUUCAAUCUCAAAUGUUCGUCCAAAAUCAAUUAGGUUCUUUGUGCACAUUUCACUUGAAUACUUGUUUACGUUUUGGACGUGUUUCAUGCUUUAUAAGGAAUACAAUACAGUAAUGUCAAUGAGAUUGAAGUUCUUGGCUGCGCAGCGCAAACGAGCUGAACAGUUCACUGUAUUGGUUAGGAAUGUUCCUCAUGUUUCUGGUCGCUCAACUUCAGAUAGUGUUGACAUAUUCUUCAAAAAGAACCAUCCUCAGCACUAUCUUUGUCAUCAGGCUGUCUAUGAUGCGAACAAGUUUGUUAAAUACUUGAGGAAAAGAAACAGACUUCAAAAUUGGUUGGACUACAAUCUACUUAAGUUUGAAAGACAUCCAGAAAAGAGACCAUCUACAAAGACAGGAUGCUUAGGACUCUGUGGCGAAAGAAUAGAUUCUAUUGAGUUGUAUACAGACCAGAUACAUAAUCUAGAUAAAACAGUAGCAAUGGAGAGGCAGAGAAUUAUAAGAGAUCCAAAAUCUGUAAUUCCUGCAGCAUUUGUUUCGUUUAACUCAAGAUGGGGGGCUGCAGUAUGUGCUCAAACGCAACAAAGUAGGAACCCGACUCUAUGGAUCACAAACUGGGCUCCUGAACCGCGAGACAUUUAUUGGAAAAAUCUAGCCAUACCCUUUGUUUCUCUUAGCCUCAGGAAGCUUAUCAUUUCAAUAUCAGUCUUCUUUUUGGUCUUCUUUUACAUGAUCCCUAUUGCUUUUGUACAAUCACUUGCAAAUUUGGAAGGUCUCGAGAAAGUCGCCCCAUUCUUGAAAUCUGUCAUCGAACUGAAAUUUGUGAAGUCAUUUCUACAGGGUUUUCUUCCCGGGUUAGCUCUGAAGAUAUUCUUGUACAUUCUUCCUGCGGUUUUAAUGAUCAUGUCGAAAGUGGAAGGACAUGUUUCUGUUUCGAUAUUAGAACGUAGAACAGCAGCAAAGUAUUACUAUUUCAUGUUGGUGAAUGUGUUCCUCGGAAGUAUAGUGACAGGAACAGCAUUCCAACAACUCCAUUCUUUUCUUAAUGAAUCGCCAAGACAGAUUCCAAGAACUAUUGGCGUUUCAAUACCGCAGAAAGCUACAUUCUUUAUUACAUAUAUAAUGCUCGACGGAUGGGCUGGAAUUGCCGGAGAGAUUCUGAGGUUGAAACCGUUGGUUAUUUAUCACCUUAAAAACAUGUUCAUUGUUAAAACCGAAAGAGACAGAGAGAACGCUACGAAUCCAGGAAGUGUUGAUUUUCCUGAAACACUCCCUACCCUCCAAUUGUAUUUCCUACUUGGAACUGUGUAUGCCGUCAUCACUCCAAUCCUUCUCCCGUUUAUACUCGUGUUCUUCGCGUUUGCGUUUCUUGUUUAUCGUCAUCAGGUGAUUAACGUUUAUAAUCAGCAGUAUGAGAGCGUUGCUGCGUUUUGGCCACACGUUCAUAGCCGGGUAAUCGCAAGUUUAUUGAUUUCUCAACUUCUUUUGUUGGGUCUUCUCAGCACGAAAGAAGCUGCAAAUUCAACCCCUUUGCUUGUCGCGUUACCUAUAUUAACAUUAUCUUUUCACAAGUAUUGUAAAAACCGAUUUGAACCCGCCUUCAGAAAGUAUCCACUAGAGGAAGCCAUGGACAUGGAUUUGGAGGAAUCAGCUGAACAAACCUCGAAUUUAAAAGCUUACUUAUCCGAUGCUUACUUACACCCGAUAUUCCAUUCAUUUGAGGAUGUUGAAUUGCCUGAUCAUCCUCCGCCGCCGCAGCAGCCCCCGGCUGCCAAUAAGGAAGAAGAUUUGAAGAAUUCAGAUGAUGAAAAACAUGAUCAAAUGCCAAGUGAUUCAUCAGGCGAAUUGACUUCUCCUCCUAAAACCCAAAACGCUUAUCGACAUGAAGAUCAUUCGUCGUAUACUGGAUAUCAGCACGGAGAUGAAGAGAGUCAUGACGUGUACCAUUAUGAGUCAACUCAGAAUCAGUAUGCUUAUCAUUAUAGAGCUGGAUCGCCUUCAAAUUUCUUUGGUUAUUGAAUAAUUUAUGAAUUGUGGAGAUACUUAAUGUAAAUGCAAUUAGAGUUUGAGAAUUCACUUUGAAUGAAACCAUUUUGAUUUUAAUAUGAAAGAUUUCUAUUAUGUA